CAGGGGUUUAGUGAUGUAUCGGCUUUGGAUGUGGUGUGUUGCGCUUGCGUUGACGGCGCUGUGGUUUGCGCCAGCGCAGGCUGUCGUCGGAGGCGCUCCUGCCUCGCCUCCUGAACCUGACGCAGCGGUUGUCUUUACACAGAGGCACGGGUUUAGCGCACGUAUUGAAGGAAUCAAAGAUGAUAAACUUGGAUAUUACAGCUUUUAUGGCAUCAGAUAUGCGGAACCACCUUUGGGUCCUCAAAGGUUCCAGCGACCCAUUCGCCGGUACCUCGCUGGAGAGAUGAUGGCCAACCGACACUGCUAUCCAUGCCCACAACCAGACCCUUACCAGCGCAAUCGGAUGAUAGGCCAUGAAGAUUGCUUGUGUCUGAACGUGUAUGCUCCCAAAAUGCCUGCUACGGAGGAAGGAAGUCCAGUUGUCUUUUUCAUACAUGGCGGUAACUACAGAACAGGGUCGACAGCAUCUUAUGGAGGUCAACAUCUAGCCCAGAAAGACACAAUAUUAGUAACAGCGCAAUAUCGUCUGGGAUCACUCGGGUAUCUGAGCACAGGACAGAGGGACGCUGGAGGAAAUCUUGGGCUUUUUGAUUUGCACACUGCCAUGGUCUGGAUCCAGGAUUACAUUCAAUUUUUUGGUGGCGAUCCAAAACGAGUGGUCGUAAUGGGCCAAGGUUCUGGUGGCAGUGCAGCUUCCCUUAUGGCAAUGUCACCUGAAGGCCGCAGUGCUACAGGUGUAGCCGCCCUGUCUGGAGCUCCGUUGUCCCCAGGCACGGUUAGACCCGAUCCAGCCAAGCACGCUGAAGCUUUAGCUGAACGCACAGGAUGCCCCAAGAAACCAGCUGAAAGUCUACUCAUAUGUUUGAGACAAUUACCCGUCGAGAAACUAGUGCAGGCGGAUGAGGAUAUAAAUAUGGAUAUGGUGGAUACGCAAAGAUUUUUGGAAGAGAUCUCUGGACGGUCAGGUGCUGGUGCGAGAGUGGAAGGUGCUGAUGACCUUCGAGGUCUACCACCGAUUGUAGCUGAAUCUCCAGCUGAGGCUCUGGACAAGAAACAGAAACGUGUCCCAUUGCUUACUGGUGUUACUUCGGCAGAGACAUCGAGGGCUGUAUUUGGAAAAUUCAACAAGUUCUUAACGAAUCAGCUUCAAACCGUAAAGGACUUUUUAAAGAAGGACUUAAUUGGUGGUCUGCAGAACGUGGUGAAUGGAGUGGAGGGUCUGAUACCUCUGGCUCCUAAUGUGCAAACCGUGUUGCCAGUAACCGAUUACUACGAGGGCUUGCUUAAACAAGCUACUAAUAUCGUUGAUAGACUCUCUGAAGUUGCUGAGGCCACAGGUGACGCGCUGUUUAAUUUCCCUGCUUAUCAAAGUGUACAGAAGUGGAGCUCAGGGGGCCAUGCGUUCCUCUACAGCUUUGAACAUGUUGGGAACCUCUCGAAAGGAUGGCAUUUCUUGCCUGGAGUUGCUCUUGCCGAAAAAGAUGACGGUGAGAUGGAAAAGCUGAAAAAAGUGCAAGGUCCAUCUCAUGGCGACGAACUAGCAUACAUCUUUGAGCCUUUGGGUCCUGACGGCAAGUCUAUGGGCGAUGAGGUCUCCAGUACUGAUGCGAGAGUGCGAGACAACUUUGUGGGACUUAUUGCCAAAUUCGCCCACGGGUCUGAUAAAACCGACGAUAACAAUACACUGUUUGGUUUUGCUGCUAAUAUUCUACCUAAGAGUAAAGACCAAUUUUUGAAAAUUGGCGAAUCUUUAACCAUUGAUAAAGACUUUAGAUUUUGUCAAAUCGGUCUUUGGGGAAAUAUGGCAGACAGACUGACAGGGGCUCUCUGUAAGAAUUUCCUUGGAGACUUGUUGAACUUGUCACAACUGCCCAUUGACUUAAAAAUACCGCAGCAAUUGGGUGGACAGAACAAUGGGCCUUUGGGAGGCCUGUUGGGCAACACGGGUACCAGGGCGCCGCAGAGACCGAAGCAGCCACAAAGAACAACGCAGGCUCCCUUCAGACUACCAUUUGAUUUUUAGAUUCAUUAAAUAGUGACAUCAAAAUACUCUGUUAACUCUUUUGUUACCGGUGCGUAAAGAAGAUGUUCUGCUAAUUAAAAAAAUCAAUAGAAAUAAAUAUACCUACUAAAUGAAA